ACAAACAAAACUUGGAUAUAGCUCUAAUCCAAGAACCGUGGGUACGUGACAGAGUCAUUGAGGGACUCCAAGAUGUUAAUGUUCACUACCACCGAUCUCGUUGCGAUCUGGACCAAGGUGCCAACAGACAAAGGCGAGCACGAGGUAAUCAUUGCCUCUGCCUACCUUCCAGGAGAUGAGGAAACUGCUCCAACAAGGGAACUUGUAGCCCUAGUCAACUACUGCAAGGAGAACCACCUACGCUGGAUAAUAGGAUGCGAUGCGAAUGCCCAUCAUACGAUAUGGGGCAGCACAAACAUCAAUGCGAGAGGUGAGUGCCUUCUUGAAUUCUUACUUAGAUAUAAUGUAUCAAUAGUAAACCGAGGCAAUGAACCAACAUUUAGGAAAGCAAUAAGGGAGGAAGUACUUGAUCUUACCCUAUGCAGUCCAAAUGUACUAUCAGAAGUCUCAAAUUGGCAUGUGUCCGGGGAAGCAUCAAUGUCGGACCACAGUCUUAUCAGGUUUGACUUAGGUGCUACCUUACCGCACAUAACAAUUUACAGAAAUCCAAGGAAUAUAAAUUGGAAUGUCUUUCACUUUAACUUAGAACAAAGUGCUAACUACUCUAAGCAUCACCUGGUGCUUAAAUCUGAGCUUGAGAUGGAGGCAAAUGAACUCCACUCAAACAUUACGUCUGCAUUUCAUGAGAGCUGUCAGGAAAAAGUGAAAAAACCACGAAGGGAUGUCCCCUGGUGGAAUAGUUAUUUCCGUGCUGAUUUGAGCCUUUUCCUGUCCCUGUUUGUAAGUGAAGCUGUUUUAAUCGUUUUCCUGCCAGAGUGCAGCACAACCGUUUUGCAAGUGCGUCAUACAGACACAAACACGGAAGUUCAAACCAAUGGUGAAUAG